AGUCUGCUUUUUCUCUCUGUUUUAGGUGAAGCCUGUAGACUUUAGGACCUUUUGACAUCAAAGGGGGUCUACUCUCGUGUAUGAGCGAUGGCAACUUUCUUCCUCCAUUAAAUCCACGAGCUGGUUUGCAUCUUUUGAUGCAAAAAGGGACUCCCCCAUCGCAAAAGCUAACUGAUUUAUAGCGAUUGAGGGAAGUGAAUUCCUUCAAGUUGAAGAGCUACUGGUUAAAACCCAAAAAGCCUUACCUUUUGUAACCGUAUUUGUGGGUUUUUACUCAAAGCAUCUCAGCAUCUCUCUGCCAUGUUCACACUCUGUUCUUAGCAGCGAUAUGAUCGCUUUGUACUCUGUGGAUAUGUCCUGGAAUCUCUUCUCCCCUCAAAUGCAAGGAGACAAUUGAAGUCUACAGUCCAAUUAUUACCGGUGUAAGUGGGUGCGGUCCGUCUUCCAAAGAACCCAUCAAGCAUUUGCUUGUUUUAUCUUCCACACUGCAAUUGGAUGGGUUUUGAAGGCAUUUCAGAAAGUAAAAUGUUGGGAUUGAGAGAGACACUGGGUCACAAGCGUUCAAAGAGCUUUCCUGAUAAGAGAAGUGCAGAGGAAGAUGGCCAAGGCCAGGAUAGUUCUCUUGAAGCAUCGAACUGGAUAAAGCUGGCUAUGAGGCAGUCUAAGGACAAUGCCAAAGCUGAGAAGCAAUCCCCUGGCUCUGAGGUCCAAAACUCUCUGAAGCAAGAGAUUCUACAGCUUGAGAAAAGAUUAAAGGACCAAUUUGAGGUCCGACGUGCAUUAGAAAAGGCAUUGGGGUAUAGAACUGCCUCCCAUGAUAAUACAAAUGAAACACCAACAGUAAUACCCAAGCCAGCUACAGAAUUAAUUAGGGAGAUUGCAGUCUUGGAAUUGGAGGUUGUAUAUUUGGAACAGCAUCUUCUCUCCUUGUACCGGAAAGCAUUUGAUCACCAAAUGUCUAGUGUAUCUCCUUCUAAAAGGGAUGAAAGAUUAAAAUCACCUUUAGCUAAUCCACGAGGGAGGUUUUUGGAAGUUUCCAGACCUGAUAUUGCAUCAAAAGUAGAAAAUUCUGCUACUGAAUCUGGGUUUGACAUUCCAUUGAAGCAGUCUAGUGGUAUUUGCAGAGAAGAGAAACUAAUAGAUUCUGGUGUUAAUCGUUGUCAUUCAUCACUAUCAUAUCGCUCAACAUUUCAUACAAGAACUUCUCCUCCAGAGGAGUCUUUUGGAAAGGCUCUGCGUGCCUGCCAUUCUCAACCUCUGUCCAUGAUGGAGUAUGCGCGGAAUGGGUCAAACAUAAUCAGUCUGGCUGAGCAUCUUGGCACUCGCAUUUCAGAUCAUGUUCCAGUGACACCAAACAAGCUUUCUGAGGAUAUGAUAAAGUGCAUGUCAGCUAUUUAUUGCAAGCUUGCAGACCCACCUUUGACACAUAAUGGCCUCUCAUCUCCAAAUUCAUCUAUAUCCUCACCUGGUGCAUUUUCCCCACAGGAUCAUUGUGAUAUUUGGGGCCCUGGGUUCAGAAAUAGUUCAUCUUUUGAUGUACGGUUAGAUAACCCUUUCCAUGUUGAAGGACUUAAAGAAUUCAGUGGACCAUAUAGCACAAUGCUUGAAGUGCCAUGGAUUCACCGAGACAGUCAGAAAAUGGGUGACAUUGAACCCUUGCUACAAAAUUUCAGGUUGCUUAUUUGUCGAUUGGAAGAGGUUGAUCCCAGGAAGUUGAAGCAUGAGGAGAAGCUAGCCUUCUGGAUCAAUGUACACAAUGCGCUAGUGAUGCAUGCAUUUUUGGCUUAUGGCAUUCCACAAAAUAAUGUGAAGAGAGUCUUUCUACUAUUGAAGGCUGCAUAUAAUAUAGGGGGCCACACCAUCAGUGCAGACAUGAUACAGAGUUCUAUUCUUGGGUGUCGGAUGUCUCGUCCAGGACAGGUGGUAUCAAACAGCAUCUUAGAUUCAUUUGCUGCUAAAGAAUUUUUAAGAUCAUGGGGAGAUAUAUACAUAUGACUUGUUCAGAUCAUGGAAAGUUUUCAUCACAUACACAUGAAAAGCUUUCUUGCAUUUUGGAGCCCUAUACUGUAAUCUGUAAAGGAAAAACCAAAAGAAAAAAGAGAAAGCAGAAGGACUUCCUCAAGAAUUAUUAUGAGAUGAAACGAAGCACUUUAACUAUUAUCUCAUCUUUUUUUCAACUCUGUUUAAAGAUUGGCCAAAAUGUAAAAGGCAAUGUUUAAAGUGUUGUUGAUAGAACUUUCUUCUGUUUGUAGUGGCUUCGCUUGUUAUUUUCUUCAAGGACAAAAUUUAAGGCUGGAGAUGAAAGGCAGGCAUAUCCAAUUGAGCAUCCAGAACCUCUUUUGCACUUUGCACUCUGUUCAGGAAGCCAUUCUGAUCCUGCGGUCCGUGUCUAUUCACCAAAGAGAGUAUUCCAAGAGCUGGAAGCUGCAAAAGAAGAGUACAUCCGAGCAACCUUUGGCAUCCGCAAAGACCAUAAAAUAAUUUUACCAAAGAUUGUGGAGUCAUUUACAAAGGAUUCAGGUUUGUGUCCAGCUGGUAUCAUGGAGAUGAUCCAACAGUCUCUGCCUGAAUCACUGCGUAGGAGUGUCAAGAAAUGUCACUUCGGAAA